GUUUCUGCCGCAAUAACUAAAUUUGCGAUAUAGAAACGACACAAUUAUGGCUACUAAAGAAAUGAAAACUCUUUUAAAAGAAAUACGAGAAGCUAUAAAAUCAGAAAAAUAUGAGGAGGCCAUUAAAAAGUGUCAAGAAGUGCUUAAGACUGAACCCACAAGCUAUAUGGGUCAUCUUUUGAUGGGAGCUGCUUACCAAAAUUCAAAUAAACAAGAAGCAGCCAAAUAUUUACGGAAAGCUGUUGAGUAUUCAUCACCCCAACCGCCAACUGUUGCUCUACAGGGUUUGUCGAAUUGUGCCCCCACCGAGGAAUUGCCAAAAAUCUAUGAACAGUUGAUACAGCUGGUGCCAGAAAAGCAUUUGGAUUAUUUCGAAAAAUUAUACAAUGUCUCCACAUCAUAUGCCAAAAUUGCUCCCGAAUGCUUGGAGAUUUUCAAACGUCUUAUUGCGAACCCGGAUUUGGAGUCGCAUAAGGCUAUUCUACUCAAGUAUUAUGGUAGAGUGGUAAUGCGAUAUGAUUUUUCCAUCGAGGCAGAGGAUGAAAGUGUGUAUAAAUCAUGUUUGGAGGAAAUUAUAAGCGAUAACACUUUAGGCGAUCAUUUGCCUGCCCACAAACGUUAUCUCAAGCUACUCUACAAACAACAGCAAUUGGAUAUAUGCCUGGCCAAUGCAUGUAAACUGGUUGAAUUUUAUCCCGAUGAUAUUUAUGCCUACGAAUGGAUAUGCAAAAUUUAUUGUGAAAACUAUGACACUGGAAAUAGCUCUUUAUUGGAGAAUCUCGCACAACCCAUUGAGGUUUAUGCUUCAAAACUUUCAGUAUUAAAUCCACAAUCAGGUUUGGCCCUACUCAUACAGGCCAUAGACAAAUAUAGAGCCGAACAAUAUGUAGCUGCCCGAGAUUGUUUGUAUAAAGUGCUUGUGAUACAACCAAACUACUCUGUGGCUAUGCGCCUAUUGGCUUGCACAGAAAUGCAAUUAGAAGCCUAUGGCUUGGCAGAUGCACUGUGGCAACAGUUGAGCGAUACAACUAGUGUUGACUAUGCAAUUUGUGUGUCUUAUGGCGAAGAUCAGGAAAAACUAAGCGCAGCUGUGGAGAUUCUGAAGGCCCAAGAGAAAUCGGAAGAUGUUGUAAGAGGUUUAGCGAGGUGCUACUUUAAGUUGGGGGACGCACGCAAUCUUAAUCGUCUACAAAUGAGCGACCUGUGUAAAGCGGAGUUCCUAUACUAUGAUUCCCCCGAUGAGGCUAUUCAAUUUCUGGGCUCAACUUGGGAAGAUUUAGAAACAUUUCCAGCCCUCGUUCUAAGAGGCAACUAUUAUUAUCAGUUGCAGGACUACAGUAGUGCGUUGAUGUGUGUUCUGAAAGCAACUCGCUUACGUCCAUAUAGCUCCGAAUGUUUUUAUCAUUUGGGAAAAAUAUAUUUUGCCUCGAACGAUUUGGUACGUUCUCGUAAAUGCUUUGAGAAAUGUGUAACCUUAAAUCCCCUAAAUGAGGAUGCUGUGGAAAGUCUUUCGGCCAUUUAUCAGCAAUUUGGCGAAGAGGAUUUGAAUGUUGCCUUACUUCUGAAUACUCUGAAGCGGCUAAAAACUCCCAAGAAGUUCAAACACAUUCACUAUAAACUUGGCUUACAUUAUUUGAAUGUGAAUAACUGCGAUGAGGCCAUACAAUGCUUCCGUAAUGCCAUUAAACACGACGUAUCUUGCAUGAUUUAUUGGGAGUCUUUGGGAGAUGCGUACGCCGUUAGAGGUUCUUACAAUUCGGCCAUAAGAGUAUUUCAAAAAGUUUUGGAAAUGGAGCCUACCAACAUCUAUGCCAAACUGCAGAUGGCCAUAAUGAAAACCACCAUACGAAUGUAUUCGGAUGCUAUAGAGGAUUUUGAGAAUCUGCUCAAGGAACACACCGAUUAUUUGCCUGCCCUGAAGGGAAAGGCAGAAGCUCAUAUAGGUUUGGCAAAUUUUCUUAAUUCGGAACAUCGUUAUGGCCGUGCUAAGGAUCAUCUACAAAUGGCCGUUAAUAUGCUACAGAGAUGUUUCUUGAAUCCUGAAAACUUAAACAUGGUUUGGUUAUGGCGCCUGACAGCGAAAGUUUUUGUUUCUACCGCCCGAAUGCCAGAGUCUUUGGCCAAUCUGGAUGUUAGCGGAAAAUUGGCCAAGCGAGAUUCGGACAUUGCAUUCCUAACACGCAAAGAUUUGCUGAACUUAGCUUUGAGAUUCUACACUUGUGCCUUGAAGUUGAAACAAAACACUUAUCUCUGGUAUGAGCUAGCCUUGUGCUCUUACUACAGUGCAAAUAUCUUGACGGAAGACGGACAGUCCCAUUUGGAAAUGGCCACCAAAGCUUGUCAAAUGGCUAUUAAGGAAGACCCAAAUAGAUGGCACAAUUGGAAUCUUUUGGGGGUCAUAAAUUUGCAUUUACUUGUCAACAAUUUACCUAUGGCCCAGCAUUGCUUUGUCCAAGCUCUGAAUUUAGAACGCAAAUCCUAUACCACAUGGACCAAUUUGGGAGUGUUGUAUUUGAAAUUGAAUGAAAUCAAAAUGGCAAAUCAAGCUUUCCAAAGAGCUCAACAAUCGUCGCCUGUUUAUGGCAAUGCCUGGAUUGGUCAAGCUAUGAUUGCUGAAUGCAUCAACGAAGAGGAGGAAGCUGUCGAUCUGUUCCGUCAUUGUCAACAGUUUGAGUAUCAUCCGGAAUCGUCUUUGGGCUAUGCGCAUUGGGUGUGCCAUAUUCUAUCGGACAAGGAGAAAUGUAUGCUGCCCCAUUAUAAACAUGCCGUGGACUCCAUGUACGCUGAUGUUGUGGCAUUUGAUGCCAUAAACUGGUAUACCAUCAACGAGGAAAACGAAGCAUCCACAAGUGCUUGGUCAUUUCUGGGCUUUCUGUGUGAUCGACAUAGGCUCUAUAGGCUGGCAACCAAAGCCUACGCCAAAGCAGCUGAAAGAUCCAGUGGUGCGGAGCGCGAUUUGAUGUAUACCAAUUUGGGCUAUAGUCAUUUGCGAUUGAACGAACCAAACGAGGCCAUAAUAGCUUUCAACAAAAUUGCCCAUGCUUCGUUUAAGCCAAUGAUCGGCUUGGCCUUGGCAUAUUAUAAAGCAGGUCAGCAUCAAGAAUCAUAUUCGGUCUAUAAGUCAGUGCUGAAAACCGUUGCUGGCAUUGAAGAUGACAAAGCUUCAAGAAUUUUGGUGGCAAUGGCCUCAAUGGUCUAUGCCUUUCAGGGCGAAGCUGAUACCAAGACAAUAUUGUAUCAAUGCAUUCUUUUGAAGGAUUCUCCUAUACAGGCCUUAUUUUCCGCCUGUGCCUUGGGCAUUUUACAUCAAGACAAUCAGUUAUCCGAAACCAUAUUGACCGAGUUGAAGAAACGGGAAAACUCGGAAGAGCAUGUUGCCGAUAUAGCCUUCUUAACAGCCCAAUACUAUUUGGUGAAUAAACAACCACGCAAGGCCUUGUCCUAUUUGAUGACUAGGGUGCACAUUUUCCCCAAUUGCUCCCAACUGCGUAAGGUAUUGGCCAAUUUCCUUCUGGAUAACUAUGGUGGCAAACGUCAAUACGAAAAUGCAACCAGUCAAAUAGCAUUGAGUGCCAUAACACUGGUGCAUGCUAGCAAAACAAAAAAGAGCAAUGCUAUGGAAGAUUCUCAAACUUUAUUGGUUGCCAGCAAGGCUCUAGAGCCUGUUGAUAAAAAUCGCUCAUUGAAAUUGAUACAGAGAGCCAUUCUACUGCAUCCAAGAAAUGUAAAUGCUUGGAAUGCUUUAUUGGCAGUCCAUUGAAAUUUGAUAUAAGACUCAAGUUAUUGUGUUGAGAGAGAAAUAGUGAUAAAAAUUAUAUUCUUUUAUACCAUGACAAA